GGUCGCGUCGCGAUAUCGCACACUUCGAAAAGGGUUGGCGAAAGGAUGCUGGCAUUCUGGCUGCUCAUGACCGCCCUGUCGUUCUCGAAUGCGUUUCUGGUGUCGAGCGUGAACGCGAGGGACGCGUGGAUGAAGCCCGGAUGUCACAAAGUCGGUCACACGCGUAAGAUCAGUAUUCCGGAUUGCGUGGAGUUUUCGAUGACCACCAACGCUUGUAGGGGUUUCUGCGAGAGUUGGGCCAUUCCUUCCGGCAUGAAAACGAGUCCCACACAGCCUGUCACUUCUGUGGGACAGUGCUGCAACAUCAUGGAUACCGAACCGAUAGAAGCUAAAGUUUUGUGUAUUGAUGGGGUACGAACUUUGACGUUUAAGUCGGCGGUGUCCUGCUCCUGUUACCACUGCAAGAAGGAUUAGACCAAACAAUUCAGUUAGUCAAUACAGUGUUAUUAUGUAUUUGUAAAUAAAGUAACUGUAAAUAUUAUACUGACUGAUACUUUCAAAUAUAAUUUGGUUUCGUAUU